AUGAGUCCAAACAGUCGACCAGUGGCAUAUUUCAGUGACAAACUGAAUGGAGCGAAGCUGAACUACAAUAUAUAUGAUGUGGAAUUUUACGCCGUGGUGCAAGCAGUAAAGCAUUGGCGGUAUUACUUGUACCACAAGGAGUUUGUUCUGUAUACUGACAAUGAGGCGUUGAAGCAUUUGCAUCGCCAAGAUAAAGUGUCACCACGUCAUGCUACUUGGGUGGCUUAUCUGCAACGAUUUACUUUUGUGGUCAAGCAUAAGGCCGGGGUUACAAACCGGGUGGCGGAUGCAUUGGGUCGUCGCAGUAACUUCUUGGUUUCUUUACAUGUUGAGGUAGCCGAUUUAGACUCGUUUAAUGAUUUUCUUGAGAUUGAUCCUUAUUUUUAUGUGGUUAUGAGGAAAGUGCGAGCAGGAGAACAGACAGAGUUUUUGUUGCAUGAUAGAUUUCUGUUUAAAGGGAACCAGCUAUGCAUCCCGGAGAACAGUUUGCGAAUGCAUAUUGUUCUAGAGCUGCAUGGAGAGGGGCAUGUUGGGCGUGACAGGAUCUUGCAUCUAGUUAUUCAUCUUACUUUGGCCUACCAUUUGAAAAGAGGUGGUGAAGUACGUAUAGAGAUGCCGUGUUUGCCAAGUUUCGAAAGGGACGACAACUAA